AUGUUUGCUAUGUUUCUCAGAAGUCCUGAUUCAUGGAAUCAAUUGCGCUCAGUGUCUCACCAUGACACUAUGAAGCCGUCGGAAUUGAAGACUUUAAUAUCAAUUGUUAGCCAGCACUUUAUGGAGAGCAGAGAACCACGGCUUUGUGAGCUGUUACGAGGUCUGAACUGCUCUCGGCUAUGCCGUUUCCUACUAGCACGUUUCGGACCCGACCGUUGUCGAUUCUUCGAGUUUCCAAGUUCUUUUGAAAAGUGCCUAAUAUUGACGAAUCCUGAUUUGGAUGCUAUGUUUCUCGUUGAAUGUGUUAGCGACACGACACCAACGCUCAGCAUUCUUCUUAAAGAGUCUGAUCUCGUCGAGGAUACGCAAGACGAAUCCAAACUAUUUCGGAUGGUUAGAGUGGUGUUGCUCACGAUGGGGCUGAUGUUGGUUGUGGCGGCCACAGGUGGGAAAGUGCAGAAUGAAGCUGGAGCCAUAACUGUCAACGUGGCGAAUUCAACACUGACGAGCAGUUCGUUAGUAAAGGGUAGUGACCUCACUGUUGCCGGACAAGCACUUAAAAAUCCGAUAUACGCUUUACCUGAAGAACUUCAUGUGCUGGUCGUUCAUGCAGGCGAAAAACAAAAUGAGCCAUUUUGUGACGCUCAAGUGUAUGGCGCUAUUCCCAGUGUUAUAGAGAUUCGCAUAAACCCAACCAAAUCGAAGAAGGCACAAGACAAGUUUAUCACUAUUAAUUUGAUUGCAAAUGGUGGAAAGAUGAGAUUUGACUUUGAGACUGGAGACAAAAAUGUUGGCAAAAAUUUUGUACUCAUGUUGAAAACGCUCAUUUCAUUGGUGAACUCUGGUCGACCUUAUAAUAAUGGGUUCUCAAUUUCGGGCUGCUUUACGGUAACCGCUGCAAUUACACGACUCAAGUACGGUAGCAUUCAGAUACCCAAGUUUCAUCGUCAUGAGCACAUGGUCUCGAAUCCUACUCUAAGUAAGACAAAGUAUCAGUUUUUGGAGGACGGUGAGGUAUGA